CUUGCUACUAAAGCAAUCCCAUUCGUACAUCUCCCUCUCAUAAUCCACACUUGAUACUGCAGACGUUGCUACCAUUAAAUGAUCUCUUUCAGAGGGAUAAGCACUAAAUGGACUGCAGCGAGAGAAAUUUAUCAGACAACAACGCACACAGAUGGAAAGAAGACAUGCCUAGAUAACAUAAUAGAUCAAAUAUUCCGCAUGUGAUGGGUUGUGCAAUGUCACAUUCUAAUGGGAAAAGUGAUGUUUGUCAAAAUUGUAUAUGCUGUUCUUUUUAUCCAACCAAUUUACGCCAUAUGGGCUUGCUUCCGGUCAUGUCCUUCAAGUUGUGUCUGCACACAUGAGAGGAACUGCUCUGUUUUAUGUGAUCGAUUGGGACUCCCAGAAAUCCCGAGUGAAUUUCCCUGUGAAGCUUCCUUUAUUAACCUAGAUAAAAACAACAUCAAGUUCCUCUCAGAGAAGGCUUUUGGCACUCUGCCUUCAUUAAAAUGUCUGUCCCUGAGUCACAACAACAUAUCCUUCAUCACCCCAGGGGCUUUCAAAGGGCUACCCAACCUGACUGAGUUGAAAAUGGCUCACAAUGACUACAUUCGUUAUUUGCACACUCGGACAUUCUCAGCGCUAAAGAAACUUGUAAAACUGGAUUUGGCCGAUUGUAACCUUUUUAACAUCCCCGACAGAAUAUUUAUAGAACUUCCCUUUCUGAAUGAACUAAUCUUCUUUCAAAAUAACUUUAGAAGGAUACCUGGAUCCAUCAGGGGUAUGAGGAAUUUGACUCAUGUUUACCUGGAGAGUAACAAAAUUGAAGCUGUGGCUUAUAAUUCACUUCAAGACCUCACAAACUUGAAAUAUCUCAACCUUCAAGACAAUAAAAUAAAUGUAAUUCAUGAUAUGUCUUUCCAAGACUGCCAGAGAAUGGAGUUCCUUUUUCUUAAUGACAAUUUAUUAAAUGAAUUACCAGAAAACUCAUUUAAAGGGCUGAGAAAAUUAAAGCUGUUAAACAUGGGUGGGAAUUUUAUUACGAACGUCUCCAAUGUAUGGUUUCAAGAUUUAUUUGAGUUAGAAGUCCUCUAUCUUGACCGAAACAAAAUAUGUUACAUAGAAGAGGGGGCUUUUGAAAAUCUUACAAGCUUGGUAGCCUUGCACCUAAAUAGUAAUAACUUAGCUACUUUACCGUUUGAUGUUUUUAGACCUGUAUAUUUUAUAGGGAGACUUUUUCUCUUUAAAAACCCUUGGGAAUGUGAUUGUAGGAUUGAAUGGUUAAAAGACUGGAUGGACAACUACAAGCUUGUCCGUGAUAUUCCCUGCUCUUCACCAACAUCUGUGACAGGUGUUGACCUCAGCAGUGUCACCUUCACAAAGUCACCCGAUGGCGUGUGCUUGGAUGCAGCAGAACACAAUUUGUCAUAUUUUAUUCCCCUUCCCACAGAGAGAGUGCCAUCUACCAUGGAAUCAAAGCUGAGCAGCCUUAUCUCCAAAUUACUUAGACCUUUAGGCAAUUAUGAAGAUCGAGGAAACGUAACAGAGAGUUUUGACAAUAGUACCUUUUCUGAAACUAAUGACACUGGGCUCUCUUUGAAUACAGUGCAUUAUAAUAAAGGAAUUAUGUGUUUUGCCAGUCUUGUGAUAUUUUAUAUGUUCUAGAUUACUGUAACGUUUUAGAUUUUCUUUUAUUCCCUUUGAUAUAUUAUUAAAUCCCUGCCACCUGCUUAAACAAAAGUAAUUAUUUUAUGAUAAAAUAAGUGCUGGGGGCUUAA